AAUCCCGCCAGCCACCUCGCAACAGGCGAUCGAGGUGGUUCCCCACCUUCCAUUUGCUUCACAUCCCAGACGCCUCCGCCCCUACCUCUGCCUCCUAGCUGGCGACCUCUCACCCCAGCAUCAAGCCGUUGCUGCUGCGAUAGCUCUCAGGCCGUUGCCCUCGCACUGAUACACGCCCACAUAUACGCGCGCGCGCGCCCACCUGUACCCUCUCGAGCUCCAUCAUGGGCCUCCUCGAGAGCCUCGACGCCGGCGUCACCGGCCUCGUCGGGCAAUGGAACACCUACUCGACCGGCCUGGUGACGCUGCUCGUCGCCGUCGUCACCUACCGCAUCAUGUCGGCGCGAGAGCCCGAUGUCCACCCGAUGCUGCUCGCCCGCCAGGCAAUCCCCGCCACGGUCCGCAACGAGGGCGAAAGCGCCGUCUACCGCUCCCAGGCCGCGCCCCACGGCAUGCCCCUCAACACCGGGCUCAACGUCAAGGACGCCGGCGCCUCCAAGUGGUCGCGCGGCCGAGACGGCGACCUGCGCGACGUCUGGCGUAGGGCUGCCUCGGGCGGCGAGGACGGCGCCAGGGGCAAGAUCCUGACCGUCCACGGCUCCGAAAAGGUCGUCGAGCACAAGCUGGAGGACAUCAAUCGGCAAAUAAACAUCAUCGGGCGCCACAUUGCCGACCAGGGCGGCAUCAAGGUGGCCAUCUACCUGCCCAACUCGAUCGAGCUGCUCAUCACCCUCUUUGCCUGCAGCUUCUAUCCGAACCUGACGACCGUCCUGAUCCCCUUUGAUGUCUCGAGCGAGGAGCUCGUCUCUAUGCUGCGCCGCUCCGCCGUCGACACCGUCGUCACCGCCCCGGGCGCCUUCCCGUUCGAUGCCGUGGUGAAGGCGUACCCGUCGCUGCGCCAGCUCAUCUGGGUCGUCGAUGAGGGCAGCAGCCACAUGGACUGGAACGAGGUGCCCGAGGGCACGGGCGGCAGCGUCAACGUGGCGACGUGGCAGGACAUUGUCAAUGACGCGCCCGCCGCGGUUGGAGCCGAGCUUCCCGCGGUGAACCUCGACUACAACCCGCAGGACAUGGUGACGUUCUGGCAGUCCAAGCAGGGCCAGCUCGAGGAGAUGGUGCGCUUUACGCAGGCCAACCUCGUCGCCGGCAUCGCCGGCCAGAUGGCCGCCAUUCCCACCAAGGAGAGGCUGAAUCCGUCAGACCUUUUCCUGCCCGCCGACUCGCUGACCAACAUUCACACCCUGGUACUGACCCUGACGGCCCUGUACUCGAAUGCCUCGGUUGCCCUGACGUCUGUCGCCGGACGGUCGCCGGACCUGGUGCUGGCUACCCGGGGCGUCGCCCCGACGGUGGUGGUCGCCAGCCCCGGGACGAUGCUCAAGGCCCACGCCGAUUCCGCGGGGAGGCUAACGUCGGCGCUGGCCAAGCUGUCGCAUAGCCUGUUGAGCCGCAACCUGACGCAGGAGGGCGUGCUCUCGACGUCACAUCCCCUGGCGUCGUUUUCCGCGGGGGCACGCCCGGCCAUUGGGACGACGCCGGGCAAGCUCCGUGUGGUAUUCGUCGCGGACCGGGCCGGGGCGGACUCGCCACACCUGUCGCCGUCGGUACUCUCGGACUUGCGCGUCUUCACAGGCGCCAGGGUGGUCUACGCACUGGCGGCGGCGAGGGUCGCGGGAGCUGUGAGCCAAACGGCCUUUUACGACUACCGGACGGAGGCCAGCGGCAAGGGCCACUUUGGAGCGCCACCGACCAGCGUAGAAGUUUUCCUGAAGGACAAGGGCGCAUACAAGACGACCGACGAUGUAAUCGAGGGCGAGAUCGUCGCACGCGGCCCGUGCGUUUCGGGAAGCGAGGUGAAUAUUGGCGUUGUUGGACGCAUUAUGGACGACAACACGCUGGCGUAUGUGUGAGGAAGGCAAGGCGAUAUGCUGGCCGAGCAGGGCGCUACGUGUGGCUCGAAUACCUACAUGGCUCGAUGUAGGAACAGCGUAGUGUACUCGUAACGAAGCGCUGCGUGGUGAGACGGUUACAAGGUGCCUGACAUGCGUGGUGUAGUCCGAAAAGUGACGUUUGGCCGGUGAAGCUGCGGACUGAGUGACGUCGCGUGACAGCGAUUGCCAGCCAGGGCGACCCGGGACCCGUGUUGGUGGGUCGAGUAACCCGCGUGGGCCGUGUGGCAAACAACUUUUACCUUGCAAGCAUGGCCUGGCCACAGUCCACCAGGGCAUAGUUGUGGCAUUGAUGGCUGACGGCU